GUGCGGCGAUCUCACCUUUUGACUUAUGCGGACGCCGGUACACGUCGACCCUUUUGGCUUUUAUCUAACACAAUACUACCUGUGCGCCAGAUUGAGGAGAUUUCAGAAUUUUCUCUACCCUCUUCUCUUUUCUUCUCUUCUUCUAUUUAUUAGCUUUAAGUGAAGAGACGCGUAUGGCUUAUUUCCUUUGAGGUGUCAACCAUUCUGCUCAUGUUUCAAAAACACUUCCAGACAUGGGUUGGCUGGACAGGAUACUUAAAGGUUCCAGCAGUAAAGUUUCGAGGGGACAAUACCAUGGAAAGUCAGUAGAUGACGGGGCUUCAAGCGAACGCCGCAAAUCAUUUGAUCUCCAGUCGGACGAGAAUGAAGAUAUUGAUCGUGCUAUUGCCUUAUCUCUAUCAGAAGAGCAAAACAAAGGGAAGGCAAUUGAUGUUGAAGAUGAACAACUUGCAAGGGCCGUGCAAGAAAGUUUGUAUGCUGAGUCUCCUCCUCGUCAAAAUAACGAAGUAUAUCGACCAUCAUCAUAUGUUGUGCCCUUGGGAGGUUCAAGGAUAUGUGCUGGGUGCAAAAAAGAAAUAGGACAUGGACGCUUUCUUAGUUGUAUGGAUUCCGUGUGGCAUCCUGAGUGUUUCAGGUGUUAUGCUUGCGACAAACCAAUAUCUGAUUUCGAGUUCUCAAUGCAUGGGGAUCACCCGUAUCAUAAGUCAUGCUACAAGGAGCUUUAUCACCCGAAAUGUGAUGUUUGCAAACACUUUAUCCCGACAAACGAGAAUGGUCUCAUCGAAUACCGGGCACAUCCUUUCUGGAUGCAGAAAUAUUGCCCUUUUCAUGAGAAAGAUGGCACUCCUAGGUGUUGCAGUUGUGAAAGAAUGGAGCCAAGGGACGUUCAAUAUAUCACUUUAGAUGAUGGACGGAAACUUUGCCUAGAGUGUCUGAAUUCCGCAAUAAUGGAUAAUGAUGAAUGUCAGCCUCUGUACCUUGAUAUUCGAGAAUUCUAUGAGGGUUUAAAUAUGAAGAUAGACCAACCAAUUCCAUUGCUUUUGGUUGAGAGACAAGCUUUAAAUGAAGCCAUGGAAGGAGAAAAACAAGAUCAUCAUCACCUCCCUGAAACCAGAGGUCUCUGUCUCUCUGAAGAGCAGAUUGUCAGCACUAUUUUAAGAAGGCCAAUAAUUGGACCAGGAAACAGAAUCAUAGAAAUGAUAACAGGGCCAUACAGACUAAUCCGACAAUGUGAAGUAACUGCUAUUCUAAUAUUAUUUGGGCUUCCGAGGUUACUGACAGGGUCAAUAUUGGCACAUGAGAUGAUGCAUGCAUGGCUUCGGCUUAAAGGUUUUCGAUCUCUUCGACCGGAGGUUGAAGAGGGCAUCUGUCAGGUGCUGGCCCACAUGUGGCUGGACUCGGAGAUCAUGGCCGGGUCUGGCACAUCUGCAUCAACAUCAUCGUCGUCGUCGUCAUCAUCCUCCAGCUCAUCAAAGAAGAAAGGCACAAAGUCCGAUUUCGAGAAGAAACUUGGAGAGUUCUUCAAGCACCAGAUCGAGUCGGAUACUUCCCCGGUAUAUGGGGAUGGUUUCAGAGCCGCUAAUGAAGCUGUUGAUCGCCAUGGCCUCAGAAAUACCCUUAACCAUAUUGGAUUGACGGGGACUUUUCCUUUGUGAAACUGGUUCAUGAUUGUUCUUUCAUUGAAAUGGGAUAAGUGCCAGACAUUCUGAAGACUAUAUAGAUUAUUACAUAUACUACAAAAGAAGAAUAGUUUCCCAAAUAGAAAAAAGAAGAAAAGAGAAAAUGGAUAAAUGCGUUUAUGCUACAAAGACUCUUGUACCAAGACGUUAAAGAGAAAGUUAAUAAUGAUAAUAAUAAGUUUUAAUCCAAA